CUAAGUACCUUCAUAGAGGUGAAUGUAAGUGUGAUGGUCGAACACGCAGAAGUGUAUUACAUGUAAUAUAAAAAUCAAUCAUAUUUUUGUCAGAUUUAUUUAGCGGAAGAGUGUACGUAUAAAGAUGAUAGUGGACAAAAUGUGGAUUUCUUUCGUCUUUUUAUUUGAUUUAUAUUGUGUUCUGGGGCAUUUGUUCACGUGUACGGAAAAUUUUCAGGAAUCCAAAAAAACUGCCGUGAAAUUGGUGAAAAAUAUGGAUAAAUACAUAAGACAAGAGGAAUUAAAGAUUGAAGUUUUAAAAAGAAUAUCAUUAAGCAUUAGAAGUCAGCUGACAGAAGAGUUAAAUGGAACAAAACCAGUACCACCUAAUCCCGUGUCUAUGUACCUGUAUGCUAAAACUAUCAGUGAUGCCUCGUACUCUAUUACUCAAAUAAUCAACAACCUAAAAGCUGACAGACACCUAAAGGAGUUUCAAGCAACAUUUAAGUACAAGUUACCAGGAGAAGUUGAUCUGAAAGGCGUUCUUACAUCGUUCACCAGGCUUCAGAACACAUAUAAUGUUACACCUCCAGAGAUGGCAAGCGGAAAUGUACUAGGAAUACAAGUUCCAGUUUUAAGUGCAUACGAUUGUUAUGACAUCGGUAAGUUUGUCUACGAGACAGGAUACACAAGAAUAGCUUUACAAUGGAUGCAGACAUCAGUAGAUAAGAUCAAACAUUUGAAUUCCGGUAAAGCAAAGGAAUUCUUAGCAGAUGUAAAUGAAUUCAUAACAGAAAUUAAAAGACAAGAUCGAUUAGACAGAAUACGAACAAGGAUGCAACUAUUAACUAAUAGACUGGAAAAUUUUAACACAACAGAAGUUGCAGAAUUUCAGUCAAUGGUUAAAAACAAUUCCAUGAUGUAUUAUGGGAUAGAAUUUAGUAGAAAUGCAAACUUCACGAAGAGAUAUGAAAAUACAUGUCUGACAAGGAAUACUCGCUUUGGUGGAGUUUGUAAAUACCUAGGAUUUCAAGACUUAACUUUUUUCAAGCAACCAAUCAAAGUUGAGUACAUUAAUAAAUCUCCAAUGAUACUUGUCGUCCAUGACAUCAUUAGUCAGAAUCUUCUCGAAAAAUUGAAAGGAUUUGCAAACCAGUUACAAAGAUCAAAAAUCUAUCAUGGUGAUGAUUCACUUUUGAGACCUCUUGAUUCCAGUACAAGAACUAGCUCGACGUAUAAUUUUAUGGAAGAUAUGACUGAUCCAGAUGUGAUUCAGUUUAAUGAUCGUUUAGAACGUCUAACUGGUCUCAGAACAAACAUUCGACAAGCGGACCACUUGCAGAUUGUAAAUUACGGUAUCGGUGGAGAAUUUCAGCCACAUUUUGAUUGGCUGGAUGAAACUUUGCUUUCUGGUGAUCUUCAAACUAAAACAAACAGGGUUUUGACUAUAAUACUUUACUUGAGUGACGUGGAAGUCGGUGGUUCGACAGUUUUCCCAGAAUUAGGACUUGCCGUGUCACCUGUGAAGGGUUCAGCUUUAAUUUUUACAAAUUUGGACAAAGAGGAACAGGGUGACAAAGCAACAUUACAUGCAGGAUGCCCAGUAUUUUUUGGAUCAAAAUGGAUCGCCAACAAAUGGAUACAUAAGAAAGACCAAGAUAUGAAUUUUUUGCAGACAAUUCCUUCAAUUUGGGAACAUUUUAGUUUAUAAUUUCCUGGGACAAUUUAAGAUAAUAGUAUGUCUUUAUGCAAUCUUUCAGUAAGAAUUAAAGUGAAAUUUAAUUCACAUAAGGAGGCCAUUUGUAGGUUAUUGAUUACAUUUAGUAAUGUCCACUUCUGAAUAAAUAAUGCAUUUACAUGCUUAAUUUAAAACAGAAACCAUAUUACAUGAAGCUAAUCACAACAUACUAGCUAAGUGCAUCACUUCCCUGGACUAUUUCAAAUUACAAUCAUGUUUAUUCUCUAGGAAUAAUAAUUUAACUAAGAAUUAUGGAACACUUUUAAUUUCCAUCAUGAUACCAUUUAAAGAUAACUCCAUCAAUGAAUUUGAAUGAAUAAGGUAUCAAUAUACUAUGUACCUUCUUUUGCUUUAUAACUAUUUUGAUCUGAGCGUCACUGACGAGUCUUAUGUAGACGAAACGUUACUCUGGCGUAUUAAAUUAUAAUCAUGAUACCUUUGAUAACUACACAAAUUUAUUUACCUAUACAUGUUAAAAAACACAGAAACUUUAUCGCUCGAAGCAAAUAACAACGCACCGAAUGUGUGUAUAAAUUUAAAAGACACAUAACCGUGAUAACCGUUUAGUGAAUCGAAUGUAUAUAUUAAACACCCGUAAGAUUGAGCAUUGAAGAUGCAAUGGUUACAGUAGUUAGCCUGUAGUAAACAGUAGGUGGAAUUAUUAAUUUACAUGACCUGAUAAUAAAUCAAUGUAAUGUGGGUAUAAAUCACAGACUUUCUUUGCAAAACUAUUAUUUGAUUAUAAAGUGAAUACACUCCGAUAGGACGUUGGCUGUAAAUUCAAACUUCAUUCCAAAAUCAACCUUUACAGAUUACUUGUCUGUCAUAUAUUGAUAAUGCACUCAUUCAAAAGAAUUGUUAGAUUCCACUCAUGUGUCAUUAUUUCUUGACAAGGUUAACAGAAAAAUCUAAACAUUUAUUUGAGUUAUUUGAACAUAAACUAUAAAAAACAAUGGUAUAUCACACCCUAAUGUUAUGGUGAAGUGGUUUAUAGAGCUCAUAACUAUAUAUACGAUCCUCGUAUAAAGCUUAUUUAUAACUUGAAUACACGUAUUCUUGAAAGUUAUCAGUUUGUUAUUGAAUUAAAAUCUUCGAAUAAUUGCCUCAAUUACUUCUAUUAAUUUAGUUUUUGAUAAUUAAAAGCGUACUCAAUAUUUAUAGCUAAACAGUUGUACACGUACACUUACGGUUUGUUCACCAUCAGUGUUUUAAGAGUCCGUUUAUGAAUCUCUGUAACUAAUCUAGAAAAAG